AGCUGUCCGUGAUUCCCCUCCAAGAUAACCUUAUCGUUGCUUCAACAAUCUCGCAUUCAAGUUUCUAUUCACUUCAUACUCUCUCUCCCAAUCAUCACCUCUCUGUCUUCUCGCCACCGUCUACAAAAAUGCAGGCUGCACAGCAGUCCUGGGAGCUCGAGAACGCCAUCAGCAUAUUCGACCCCCAACGCGAUGCCCUCUAUCAGUACGAUGAAGCCACACAAAAGUCCCUCAACGCCGAACGGCCCUGGGCCACAGACCCGUACUACUUCAAAUCGGUCCGCAUCUCCGCAACAGCACUAUUGAAGAUGGUGAUGCACGCCCGCUCUGGCGGAUCUCUAGAAGUCAUGGGCCUGAUGCAAGGCUACAUCCUGCCAAACACAUUCGUCGUGACGGACGCAUUCCGGCUACCCGUCGAAGGAACCGAGACUCGCGUGAACGCUCAAGACGAGGCGAACGAAUACAUGGUGUCGUAUCUGCAAUCGUGUCGGGAUGCCGGGCGGAUGGAGAAUGCCGUGGGUUGGUACCACAGUCAUCCCGGGUAUGGCUGCUGGCUAUCCGGUAUCGACGUAGCCACGCAACAGACACAACAGAUGACGGGACCGUUUGUGGCCGUUGUGAUCGAUCCGGAGCGCACGAUCUCCGCCGGCCGCGUGGAGAUUGGCGCAUUCCGCACUUUCCCGUUGGACUUUACUCCGCCGAAGGAGGGCCAUGAAGAUGAUGAGUAUCAGACUAUUCCGCUCGGCAAGGCGGAGGAUUUUGGCGCACACGCAAACCAGUACUAUUCCCUUGAGACCACACAUUACAAGAGCUCGCUCGACACUGAAAUCUUGUCUCUUCUUUGGAACAAGUACUGGGUCGCGACGCUCAGUCAGAGCCCACUCUUCACAUCGCGGGACUACGGCAGCAAGCAGAUUAUGGAUCUUAGCCAGAAGGUGCGCAAAGCGGCGCGGGGUAUCGAGAAUAGUGGACCGCGGGGUGGUUCGGCUACAGCGAAGGAUCAGCAGCUGGAUAAGGUUGUACGCGGUGGACAGCGCAUUGUAUCGGAGGAGGUAAAAGGACUCCUGGCAUCUGAGGUCAAGAGGAAGCUCUUCCAGGACAUCGGGGAUCAGUCGACUCCAGCAUCUUAGAGUUCACCUGCUAGAGAUAUUCAGCAAGGAGACCUACCUUUAUUGCAUAGAUAUUGCUACGACUGUUACGCUAUUGAACUUCCCAUUUAUUGAACUAGAAUCGAUGUCUGUGACACUUGGCAG